AUGGCCUCCCCCGGGCUGCCAGAGCCCCCCGCCGAGGGCUCGCCCUGGCCUCUGUGCCUGCUGCACGCCCCUCCCAGGCUGCUGCGGCUGGACCCCACCGGCGGCGCGCUGUUGCUGCUCAGCCUCACGGCGCUGCUCGGCUGGAGCUGGCGGUGGCGGCACCGGGCGCGGGGCAUCCCCCCUGGGCCCACGCCCUGGCCCGUAGUGGGCAACUUUGGCUUCGGGCUGCUGCCUCGGUUCCUCCGACGGAAGAGUUGGCUGCACCGCCAGGCGAGGGCCGCAGGAAUGGAGCCCUCGGCCCUGAACCCGCAGAUGUUCCUGGCCGACCUGGCCCGCGUGUACGGCAACGUCUUCAGCUUCUUCGUUGGCCACUACCUGGUGGUGGUCCUCAGCGACUUCCACAGCGUGCGCGAGGCGCUGGUGCAGCAGGCCGAGAUCUUUAGCGACCGCCCGCGGGUGCCGCUCGUCUCCCUCGUAACCAAGGAGAAGGGGAUUGUAUUCGCACAUUACGGUCCUGUCUGGAGACAACAGAGGAAGUUCUCGCAUUCAACUCUUCGUCAUUUUGGCUUGGGAAAGCUGAGCUUGGAGCCCAAGAUUAUUGAAGAGUUUAAAUAUGUGAAGGAGGAAAUGCAGAAGCAUGGAGAAGACCCCUUCAACCCUUUCCCCAUUAUCAACAAUGCCGUCUCUAACAUCAUUUGCUCCCUGUGCUUUGGCCAGCGCUUUGACUACACCAAUAGUGAGUUUAAGAAAAUGCUCAGUCUUAUGUCACGAGCCUUAGAAAUCUGUCUGAACACCCAGCUUCUCCUGGUCAACAUAUGCCCCUGGCUUUAUUAUCUUCCCUUUGGACCAUUUAAGGAAUUAAGACAAAUCGAAAAGGAUAUUACCACUUUCCUUAAAAAAAUCAUCAGAGACCAUCGAGAGUCUCUGGAUGUAGAGAACCCUCAGGACUUCAUAGACAUGUACCUUCUCCACGUGGAGGAGGAGAGAAAAAAUAACAGCAAUAGUAGCUUUAAUGAAGAUUACUUAUUUUAUAUCAUUGGUGAUCUCUUCAUUGCUGGAACUGAUACCACAACUAACUCCUUGCUUUGGUGCCUUCUGUAUAUGUCACUGAACCCCGACAUACAAGAAAAGGUCCAGGAAGAAAUUGAAAGGGUCAUUGGUACUGACAGAGUCCCUUCCCUCACUGACAAGGCCCAGAUGCCCUACACGGAAGCCACCAUCAUGGAGGUCCAGAGGCUGACGGCGGUGGUGCCACUUGCCAUUCCUCACAUGACCUCGGAGAAAACAGUGCUCCAAGGAUAUAGUAUUCCUAAAGGCACAGUGAUAUUACCCAACUUGUGGUCAGUACACAGAGACCCAGCCACUUGGGAGAAACCAGAUGAUUUCUACCCUAAUCGAUUUCUGGAUGAUCAAGGACAACUUAUUAAAAAAGAAACAUUUAUUCCUUUUGGGAUAGGCAAGCGGGUGUGUAUGGGAGAACAAUUGGCCAAGAUGGAAUUAUUUCUGAUGUUUGUGAGCCUAAUGCAGAGUUUCACAUUUGCUUUACCCAAGAAUUCUAAGAAGCCCAUCCUGACUGGAAGAUAUGGUUUAACUCUAGCCCCACACCCAUUUAAUAUAAUCAUUUCGAAGAGAUAAAGAACACGUCCAA